AUGGCAGCAGCAGACACGACUGGUUUGAAGCUUACCAGGGACAGCCAUGUGUCCAUGACAAAGGGUAAUGUCAAGGCUGUGAGGGAAACUAAAGCAGUAGUCAUAGACAUUGGCACAGGUUACUUCAAGUGUGGCUUUGCAGGGGACCCAUGGCCUUCCUGUAUUGUUUCAUCUACAGCUCCUAAGCCCACAGGGAAGGCUGGGAGCAAUCAAAAAGAAACUUUUGUUGGAAAAGAGCCCCAGAAUAACAACGUACCCAUAACACUCAUCAACCCAGUAAGACAUGGCUUAGUGGUGGACUGGAACUGUGUCCAUGACAGUUUGGAGUGGAUUUUCCAGACGGACAUGAGGAUUCAGCCAGAGGACCAUGCUGUUCUGGUGUCAGUGCCUCCCCUGUGCUCCACUGCUUACAAGGAGAGAUAUGCUGAGAUGAUGUUUGAAGGAUUUCACAUGCCAGCCAUCCACAUCGCCUACCAGUCCCACUUAUCCAUGUACUCGUAUGGAAAAACAUCAGGUCUGGUGGUGGAAAGUGGCCAUGGUGCUUCACACGUGGUGCCCAUCUACGAAGGUUACAUCUUCCGUGGUAUCACUGGGAGAGCAGAUUACGGUGGCCUGGACAUCACACGCUAUCUCAUGAAGUUACUAAAUGAGUCUGGAAACGUGUUCACAGAACACCAGCUAAACAUCAUGCAAGCUCUCAAAGAGAAGUGUUGUUACACUUCCCUGGACCUCACGCAGGACUUGAGCUUGCCUGUUCAGGAACAGCAAAUGGAUUAUGAGCUGCCGGAUGGACGCCUUGUCACUGUAGGCAAGGAGAGAUUCCUUUCUGCUGAAGCACUCUUCAGACCAGCCUUACUUGGCUCCCAGCAGCCAGGGCUUUUGCAGAUGACACUCGCCUGUCUCAAGAAGUGUGAUGCUGAGGUCAGAAAAAAAAUGGCGAGGAAUAUCAUGCUGUGUGGGGGCAGCACUGUGAUGGAGGGCUUUGCUGACCGCUUCCAGAUGGAACUGGCCAGGAUGUGCCCCAGAGACAACCUCAUUGCAGCUGCCUCCCCCCAAAGAAAGUCUUCUGUCUGGAUUGGUGGGUCUAUCCUGGCCUCACUCCAUGCUUUCCAGGAUCUCUGGGUUUACAGGAGUGAAUAUGAGGAACAUGGCCCUGCCUGCCUUUUUAAGAAGUGCUUCUGA